CUUUUCUAGUUUUGGUUUCUCAUGUUAUCGCUAUUGCUUCUCGUACCCGUCAAUUUACAGACUUAACUCAUGCCAAAGCAUCAAAGUGUUUGUCGAAGGCGUACUCUCUCAUUUGCUGAUAUCACAGAAUGCCGCAAAAUCAAUCGUAUAAAUUUAAGUGAAAACCAUGAUAUCGAUUCAUCAAAAUUAUUCGUUCGCAGCAUGGUACGUCGUCCUUCUUUCACGCUUUUGGGAGAUUACCAAAAUUCAUCUCAUGAACUGCCUUGUCUUACAUUAAAGGACUCUAAUUCCCAAUUUAAAAGUGCCUGCGAAUCUACUGAAAUGAAUGAUUCAUUGAAACCAAAUUCGAAUUCUCAACCUGCUUUGGAUCCGUUCAUUUUUGGUGCAUCAUUUACUGAAUCGAAUUCUGCCAAUGCCCAACUUGAUGCUAUACAAUUAUCUAAAAUUCAUAGUAAUUCACUAGGUUCUACAAACUCACCCCCCUUAAAAGAUAAGGAAUAUCUAUUCCCUUCAUCACCCUUAUCCUCAACUUUGAUCAAAUUAUAUCUAUCCAAGGUCUCUUUAUGCUCAUCUACAGAAACAACUGAAAAUAGUGUAAAUUCAGAUGAUGAACAACUUGACUUUCAUAAUAAUAUAUAUCCAAAUUUGAUUGGUCUACCUGGAUGCUUACAAACUGUAUUACAUUCAUUAGCUUCUAUGGUUAUGCCUACUAGACAUUUUAUUGGCAUGAAUACAACAAUUAAUCAAAUCAAGUCAUCGAAUUUAACAAAAUUAUCUUCAUUAAAUAAGAAUUUUAAAAUUUAUCACUUAAAAUCUCAUCAUAGUGAUGAAAGUGCAUAUAAUACAGAUGUAAAUUAUUCAAGUUGUACUGAAUCUUCAAGUAUAUUAGAUGACAUUUCAAAUGGUUAUUACUCAGAUAAUUAUCUUAUUGAAGCGGUUAAAAAAUUGAAAAAAUCUCAUAUGAUAAAUAAUCAUUGGUCAACUGUAAAGUAUAAUCAACAUCAAUCUAGUCAAAUUUCUUUACUUUCAGGUGGACAUUCAAAGUUGAAGUCAGCAUAUAUUCAUCAUGCCAACCAUCAUCACUAUGGUAAAUGUCAUCAUAAACUUGGUUUGACGAAUGUUUAUGCAGGUUUAAAAUCUAAUAAGGUUGGUGAUACUUCUACAGUUUCCUUGAAUCUAUCUCAGUCUCAUAAUAACAAUCAUAAAUUGUGUCUAAGGUCAAAGAAUAUUAUCAGUAAUAAUGAUAACAAUAAUAAUACUAAUAAUCUGCCAGGUACUUUAUCAAUAUCUCAAGAUAUUAAAAGUUGUAAUCCAUUAGAACGUUUUUACAAUUUGUGGACUAAUUUCCAUUCAAAAAUAACAGAAGAUAAUUUCUAUUACAUGGAUGAAAAAUCGUUAGAACGACGAGUUCGUGCACAAGCAUCAAAUAUAAUUUCACCUGUAUCCUUUUAGCAAUACAUUAUGUCUAUGUAGAUCUAUAAUGUUAUCUGAAAAGAAUUCGAUUAAUUCUUAAGUAAUAAUAUUUGUUAUGCAUCGUAAAUUAUAAUUGAAACACUUUUCUUUUAUAAUAAUGUAACAUGAUUUGUACUUUUUUCUUUCAAAUCUUAACAAAAUGACACUUCAAAAGCGAGUUCAUCUAAAAUAUGUGAAUGUUUGUAUGUUGUAUCAUCUAACAACGGAUAAUGUUUAUCUUAUUUUGACACUGUAUCUCCAAUUUGAUUUUACAGUUAGCCAUCAACAACAUAUAUAUAUAUAUAUAUAUAUAUAUAUAUAUAUAUAUAUAUAUAUAAUCUUUUUGUUACUUAACAGUUAAUAUCCCAAUCCAAGUGUUUAUCCUUAUUCUUCCUCUCUUUCUCUCUCUCGAUGUUUCGUGUUUUUUCACUCGUUAUGUAAGCUCAUUUAUAUUUUGGCUGUGGCUAGCUUUACUAUUUGCUAUUCCCUAUAUUGGUGUAUAUAAAUUCGUAUAUAAGACUACGAGAUAGAAUUUGUGUGGCCGAGUGUUGUUAAGUGAUUCUUGUGUUGAUGUUAUAUACUUUUUUCCUGUACGCACAUUUAUAUUUGUUUAAAUGAUACUUCUGUAAAUAUAUAGCACUAAUAUGUCUUGUUUUCUCAUGAAAGAAAAUAGUUUUUGUAUUGGACCGAGUAAA